AUGGCGUCCCAACAGCAGUCUCCAGGCGCUAGCGCCGCCGCCUACAAGCGCGCCAGCCGAAAGGGCGCCCCGAGGAAGUUCUCGUGCGAUAGGUGCGAGAAGGUCUACUCACGGGCUGAGCAUCUCCAACGGCAUCAAUUGAACCAUGACCCCAAGGAGAUCUACAGAUGCGAUGUUGCAGACUGCACUCAGAUGUUUGUCCGACCAGACUUGCUGGCGCGACACAAGAAGCGCCACUCAGCGUCUUAUAUCCCGAGGAAUCGGACUAGCAGCUUCAGUGUUCAGACCUCGAACUCUCCGUCAGAGAUGUCGGUGAUGGCCUCGCCGAGUGCUGCCAAUAAUGGGCACACAGUGUCGGCUCCGGCUCCAGCUCUGAUCUCAGGUCAAGCACCACUUCCGCCUUCGCCGGCAACCUAUUCCCAGCGGCCAGUCAGUGCCCCUCGCAAUGCUUCGGUGCUUAUGACCUCGGACUCGCCCAUCCAGUCUCAUCCUCGAGGACCUCCAUCACUGCCUGGGUCUCAGGUAAGCCCAAUCACGCCGGGCUCUAGUUGGGGCACUCCUAUGGAAGGAGUCAAGAUCACACGCCCGAAGCCCAACUUCUACGGUCAUGAACCGGCACCCAUGCACGAUCCCUCAACCUUUGUGCCCUUUCACCAUGUCCAGAUUCCGACCGACCCCAACGACCUGGCCCAAAACGACUUCGGCAUGUGGCUCUUCAAUUCACAGAGAAACUAUGGAGACUUUACAAACAUCCCCUUUCUUGAAGGCGGACUCGAGUCCCCAUUCAACAACAACAUACACUACGAUCGUGAGUCUCUCACUAGCAGGUCCCAGGUGGAUGUCACGCCGCCGCGGCAUGCAGAUAUGCCCGACGAGCUCAUAUCCGAAUAUCGCCGACACGAAGUCAUUCGGUGGAUUCAGAUGUUCCGUCAGAAGCAGAACAAAUACAAUGCUAAGCUGGAGAAGCUCAUGCUGGAAUCUGGAGGUGACAUACCUCGCUUGAGUUUGGACUUCUUCAGAGACUGUAUUCGGCAUUAUUGGGACUUCGUGUCCCCACGCUUGCCUAUCGUACACCAGCCGACCUUCUCUUCCACGACGUGCUCGAUACAUCUCCUCCUGGUCAUCAUUGCACUCGGAGCCGCGCAACUUCACAAUCAAUCUGACACCGAUGAUCUGGAAGAGUACAAGAUACUUGCCGAUCUCAUCAUCACGUCAGUCCGUUUUGAGAUUCUGACUACGGAUGAGGCAUCGCCGCCCGUCGGGUUGUGGGUUGCGCAAGCCCUACUGCUCUUAGAGUUCUACGAAAAGAUGUACUCGUCUAGAAAACUUCAUGAGAGGGCUCACAUCUACCACUCGGCCACACUGACCUUGCUUAGACGGGGCAGUCCCUUGAUCGGCCGAGCAGGUUCCGAGUCGCCACCUGAUCAGCAGGAGGGGCCGGAGCAUCCCGCUGCUUCAGAUGCAAGGACUUGGUGGAUUCGAUGGGCCGAGACUGAGUCAAUGCACAGAGUCGUCUUCGCUGCUUUCAUGAUGGACGUGGUUCAUGCUGCCAUGUUUGGGCAUGCUGCGGAUAUGGCACCGCACGAAAUUCGGCUCCCGCUCCCGUGCGAUGAAUCCCUAUGGUCUGCCUCGAGCCCCGACAUCGUACGGAAUAAGGAUGCCAAUCUUCGCAUGUACGGGGUCAAACCUGUCUCGUUCCUCGAUGGUCUGAAGCAUGCCAUCCACGGAAAGGAGGUCAAAACACACUCGCUGGGCCGAAUGAUCAUCAUGUGUGGACUGCUAAGUGUUGGCUGGCAUCUCAGGCACCGCGAGACGCAUCUGAAGUGGCUAGAGUUGGGGUCAAACACUGCCGAAACAAGAGAAAGAUGGUGCAGGAUGCUCUUGAAGGCAUUCGACGAUUGGAAGACCAGCUUUGAUAAGGCAAUUGGCUUGAAUGAUUCCGAGUUGGGCAUUUCCGGCCAACAAUCUGGAUCAAACGGCCUGAUCCAAAGUGCCGCCCUCCUGUACCACUUGGCCCAUAUCAGCCUCUACAUCGACAUCGUCGACUGCCAGGUUUAUACCGGAGCGAAGCAAUUGCUUGGUCGAAAGGUGUCAACGAGGGACUACACGAAUGUGGUCUCGCGAAUGACUCUGUGGGCAGCACAGGUGACAACUCGCCGUGCAAUAUUGCAUGCUUUCAAGCUGCUCCAUCGAAUCCUGGUCGACCCCCGCCAGAGGAAGAACAUAGGGCAAAGCGAAUCGGGCAUUGCACAUGGAAUCCAAUAUUCGACCCGUACUGACGCUGACCCCCACCGACCGUGGCUCAUGUAUUACGCUACGUUGAGCAUUUGGUCCUUUGUCCGAGCUUUAGAGCAAUCAAAGGGUCAUUUCAAGGCUGUCCAGCCAUUCUCAUCCCACCUGCGGCGAAAUUCGAACGGAGUACCCGAAUACCUCUCCCGAAUUGCGCAGCUAAACGAGCUGGACCUGACGACUUCGAGAACCCUUCAGGGCGGUCUAUCGGAUCUUCUUGAUACCGUCGGCACGCUCGCGUCUGAAUCACAUUCCGAAUUGCUGAACGAGGCUUGCGGCCGCCUUGAGGUCUGCAAAGAAACGAUCCACAGUGAUGCGCCCCCUCCUUGA